CCCUCUUUGAAAACAUUUCAUUGACAAAUUUGGAAGAAUUAGAGACGAAAAAAUUAUAUCAAGAAUUGUAUAAGAAAAAACAGUUAAUAGCCAAAUUGUGGAUGCUCAUACUUCUAUUGGUAGUAGAAGAAUGCGAAAUUGAGGAUAACAUUAAUGACAAGGAAUUAUAUUUGGAUAGGUUCUUAGAAAGCUUGAAGUCAAAACGGAGUUCUGGUGAAAAAAUAUAUAAUGCUGAAAAGAUAUGCGAAUCAAACGACAUUUUCGAAUCAAACAAAAAUAACGAAACAGAUAAGUACAAAAAUGAAGAGUGGUUUAGCGAAUUGAAUGAUGACUGCAUAAACGACGAUGAUGGUACAUAUAUAUUAGCUAACAAAAAUGAGCUAGAUAAAUCAGAACUAAUGUUAGAGAAGGACACUUCACUAUUUAAUGAGGAAACAAAUAUGAUCCCCAUGUAUAACGCACAAUUGAAAUCCACAGAGAAUAACAGUGAAACAGAUUUCUUAAAUGUUUCGACAAAUAAUGAGCCUACAUUGGAAGAGAUACAUAAACAAAACUUUAAUUUAGUUUAG